CCCUUAGGGUGGAGGCGGGGCGGGGCGAUGCGUGGCACCGCCCACUGCCCGCUCUGCGCUGUGUUCAGUGAGGCGCCAGCCCGCACCAUGGGCAGCCUUUUCGGGCGCGUCGCCGCGCUGCGGGCGCUGUUGUGCGGGCCACGCUUUCAGUGCCUGCUGGUGCGCCCCAGUUCUGGAGGGCCCCCCUGGCCCCAAGAGCGGACGCUGGUUGCUGUGAAGCCAGAUGGGGUACAGAGGAGGCUAGUGGGGACUGUGAUACAACGCUUUGAGAGGCGGGGCUUCAAGCUGGUGGGGAUGAAGAUGCUGCAGGCACCAGAGAGCAUCCUUGCUGAGCACUACCGGGACCUACAGAGGAAGCCAUUCUACCCAGCUCUUAUCAGCUACAUGAGCUCUGGGCCUGUGGUGGCCAUGGUCUGGGAAGGCCACAAUGUGGUCCAUAUCUCAAGGGCCAUGAUAGGACACACCGACUCAACAGAGGCAGCCCCCGGGACAAUCAGGGGUGACUUCAGUGUUCACAUCAGCAGGAACGUCAUCCAUGCUAGCGAUUCUGUGGAUGGGGCCCAGAGGGAGAUCGAGCUGUGGUUUCAGAGCAGCGAACUGUUGAACUGGGCAGAUGGUGGUCAUCACAGCAGCUGCUACCCUGCCUGAGGGCUUGCACUGCCUUCUGCACUUCAGGCCUACCCAUGACCUACUACCUCUGUCAACAAGAAGUCAAGUCCCCAUGCUUCUCAUGUCCCCAAACCACUCCCUACUCCCGCUCUACCCAACUCCAGCCCAGGGGAGUCUAAGCCUCAACUCUAUGUGCCUUUUUGUAUCCUAAGUCAAUACAAUAUUGGACCAUGUCCUUGUGUACAAAAGUGCCAGACAACCUUUGGGGCAUUGUCAAAGGUGACUUCACCUGCCUCAAAGGAGAGACAUUAAAAUUUUAUGCUUAAAAUGGAAA